CCCAAUCCUCGCACUCUCCUGCAUUAUUGCGUGCCAAAACAACCACAGCAGAGAACGAGAGAGAGACAGCUGCGGCUUCUUCUCUUCUUUCUUCUCCGAAAAUGGAGAAAAAGCUUGAAAACCCUAGCGAUGGCGGAAACCAGCCCUUCCAACUAGAGCUUGAAAACCCUAACAAUGGCGGAUCACUGCCUCCGCUCCCGACUUCUCCUUUCAAUGACGAAAUCGACAGCUCCUGUUCUACACCCUACGUUUCUGCUCCUUCCAGCCCUGGCCGGAACCCUAACUGCUACUACUUCAGUGCUCCCGCAAGCCCUAUGCACUUCGCCCUCUCCGGAAUGGAUAUCAACCCUUCCGCUUCCUCCUCGAUCUCCACCGUCGAAUUUGAAUUCUCUGCUCGCUUCCCACCGUCCAGCUCCGCGACCGUCGGAUCGAUGAUAUCCGCCGAUGAACUCUUCCUCAACGGCAAGAUCCGGCCCAUGAAGCUCUCUUCCCACCUACAGCGACCUCAGAACCUCGCUCCGCUACUCGAUCUUGACCAUGAAGAGGAUGAAGAAGAAAAAGAGGCGAAUCAGCGAGGCAGAGAGAUCAAAUUGCGCAACAGAUCCGUGCAUAGACGGGCCAGAUCUCUCUCUCCGAUGAGAAAUGCUCCGCAGUUCGAGUGGCAUGAGGACGAAGAAGAAGCGCAGAAUGAGAGAGAAACCAAGGAUCUGGAUUUCAAAGAUCCAGAACAGAAGCAGGCAGAAUCGUCCGUGGAAACGACGCCGUCCGUCUCUGCGUCUUCCUCGCGAUCUUCUUCUUCCGGGAGAAGCUCGAAGAGAUGGAUUUUCCUCAAAGAUCUCUUAUACAGAAGCAAAAGCGAAGGGAGAGCAAAUGCGAAAGAGAAGUUCUGGCAUUCUAUCUCCUUCUCUCCCUCAAAAGAGAAGAAAUCUCCUGUUUCUGCUUCCGCCUCUCCUACUUCUCUCUUCUAUUCCUUCAAAGAGAAGAAAACUUGUCAGAGUACUCCGGCCGCUCCGGCGACAGAAGCAAGGAAGGAGAAGAGAGGGUCUCAGAUCCCGGCAAAGCCCGCUGCCGCCGUGAAGCCGACCAACGGCGUCGGGAAGCGGCGGGUCCCACCGUCGCCGCACGAGCUGCAUUACACGGCGAACAGAGCGCAGGCAGAGGAGCUGAGGAAGAAGACGUUCUUGCCGUACAGACAAGGCCUUCUGGGGUGUUUGGGGUUCAGUUCAAAAGGAUAUGGAGCCAUGACUGGUUUUGCCAAAACCCUAAAUACCGUCUCUUCCAGGUAAAAAAAUCAAAAACAAUAACAAAAAUCAUUUCUAGUAGAAUCAUUUUGUAUAGUUUUUAAAAUUGUUUUUUUUUUUUUUUUGGGUAGUUUUUGUAUCUUUUUGGGGGUGAUUUUCUUCACAGAGAAGCUGUUGAUGAAUAGAGUUUUAGCUUCUCGAAUUCCUAAUGCUGGAUUAGUGUGGGGCUUUUAAGUCCUAAUUAAUAUAUUUAGUAUUGGAAGAAAGAUAGUGUUUGCCUA